AUGGCACGUGGUCCCAUUCCCCCAUCUAACAACGGGUGGUCCAACAGAGCCAACGGCAAUGGCGGACCCAGGCGCCCGAGCGAGGCCGACAGAUCCGACAGGCCGGUCUUGCCCUCGGUGAACGAGAUCCUUUCGGGAGACUAUAUGCCCUCACGCUUCUCCCGAACCCCCUACGCCGUAAAUUCUCCCCCUGCCGUGCCUACGCCGGAAGGAUAUGAAGACCGUCCCGAGAGCCCGCCAGCUUAUAGCUACGCAUCGAUUUCGGACAACCACCAGCAGAGGCCCCUUGCUCCGAUGCAAGAUGACAGAUCGAGCCAGGUUCCGCGGCGCUAUGGUUCUCAACAGCAGGCACCACUAAGUCCGCGCUCUAACCCCUCGAGCUGGGCUAGUCCCCCCCGGACUCCUCCUGCACCUCGUCUCCCGAGUUUUCCGCCGAUCAGGGAGUCCGUUCCCAUGGAACCUUAUGAUCACUUCGUGCCUUCCCCGAGCCGCCCGAGACCUCAUGAGAUGAACUAUGAGCGAGCCCCCGAGGCAAUGUCCCGGAUGUCAGUCGCCUGGCCAGAGACCCGGCAUGCCGAGGGCGGCGACUACUACAGAGCUCCCCCGAGUUCAGGCGCUGCCCAUGGACGACCGUCCCAGCCCCAACCGAGGGAGCCGAGGGAGUUCUAUAGAUUACCCCCUCUCCCUUACCGCCCUCACCAUGAACCCACCCACCACGCCCGUCCUUAUCCAACACGUCGCCAUCACAGCUUUUCCUUCAGUCCUGCUACCUACUGGGAUCGCCGCCCAUUAUUCCCCGAGGACGAGUACUCCCCGGCACACUCAAAUUACAUGCGAGAGCCCAAUGGCGAGAGCAGGCCGAAGCGGCGGCGCGGGAACCUACCCCGGGAGUCGACCGACAGGCUUCGCGCGUGGUUCGACGCGCACCAGGAGCACCCGUACCCCAGCGAGGAGGUGAAACAGGCGCUGAUGCGCGAGACGGGCCUCCAGAUGAACCAAAUCUCGAACUGGUUCAUUAAUGCCCGCCGCCGCUAUCUCAAGAAGCCUUUACGCCCCGGCCCCGAUGGGGCUUCAGACGCCUCGUUUCCCUCACCCACCGAACGAAACCGCAAUGCUUCCUUCAGCGACAGCGAGGGAAGCCUUUACGCCAGCGAACCGCUCACCGCCGGUGCCAACGGAAUCUCGGACCCGCGAACUGCGCCACCACCGCUGGUACCACCUGGGGCCGUUGAUGAACGCUCGUUGUCCCGAACCAAUGGCUUUGGCAGGCAGUCUGUCUAG